GUUUCUUCAGCAUGAAAGACCAAGUCAAUUGACACUGAGAUAUUUUUGGAAUUAUUCAUUGUGUCAUCUCAUGUUGAUUGCACUUGUAUUUUUUUCUAUAAGUUUGGUGCUGCUUUUGAGUUUCUUUUAGGUUUCAAAAUAAAAACUUCCAAUUCUACUAUGCCUCUGAUCAAUCAAAACAACGCUUCUUUUUUCACAAUUCUCUUGUUUCUAUUAAUCUCUGAUGCAACUUCAAUGUCAUUCAGCUUCAACACCUUUAAUAAAACUAAUAUUCGUAACAUAACGCUCCAAGGAAAUGCAUCUCAUUUUGAGUCUGCCAUUCGUCUUACAGAAAACAAACCUUUUCAGAACAGUCAAGCUACGUAUGUUCCUCAGAUUCAUCUCUGGACCGACGGCCCUUUAGAAAUUUUAGCUGAUUUCGUUACCAAUUUCACUUUUUCCAUCGACAGGCAGAACAAUACCAACUUCGCCGAUGGGCUUGUGUUCUUCCUUGCUAAAGAUUACAUGACAUUAAACUCAACAGCUAAUCCAUUUGUUGGUGUGGAGUUUGAUGUUUUUAAUAAUCCAUGGGAUGAUAUAGUUGGUCCUCAUGUAGGCAUAGAUUACAUGACGUUAAAAUCGUUGAAAAGUUCCGCGUGGGACGCUAAUGUGCAAGGGAGACGGAUGGAUGCUGGAAUUAGUUAUAAUUCCUUAUCCAAAACUAUGUGCGUUGACUACACUGGAUUUAAGAACAAUGUCACUUUGCUACACGGAUUCUGUUAUAAAAUUGACCUGAGAGAUUACUUGCCCGAGCGGGUUACUAUUGGUUUCUCAGCUUCAACCGGGUUAUUUUCUGAGUCACAUAUCAUCCAUUCCUGGUCUUUCGAUGCAAGUCUUCGAAACUUGGAUGUAUUAGCCCCUACACCGUCUCCUCCUCCACAGCAAGGCGCGCCUUAUCCUCUUCCGCAGCAAGGCGCGCCUUCUCCUCCUCCGCAGCAAGGCGGGCCUUCGCCUCCUCUGCCUGGCAAAAGAGGUCUGGCAGGAUGGGUGACAGGGUUGAUAGUUAUGGCUGUGUUCUAUUAAUUGUCAUUGGAAUUGGUUUGUGUUCGAUUUGGGUUUGCAGGUAUGAGAAGAAGCGUCAAAACGCAAUCUAAAUACGACUCGCAGAAUGCAGAAUAGAUUAUGUUUUAAGUGCCAUUUGAGAUUUGAGUUAUUGUAAUAUUUUCCUGUUAAUUCUCUUUCUGUUGCAUUUUCUUUUUUGAGCUUUUGAUGAAUUUUACACUCAUGCAAAAUUCUAUUUCUUGUCGCAUUCAUCAAUAAAGUGAGGAUUUAGUUGAUCGGAA